CACACCACAAAACCCUUUCUUUCUCCUCCAAUUUCGUUUGCACAGAGAGAGAGAUAAAUCUGAAAAUUUUCUUCAGGAAAAAAAAACAACAAAAAUGCUUCUCAAGGCUGCUUCUGCUUUCUCACUCUUGAACCUUCAUGGAGAGAAGAAAGACAUCUCUCCUCUCUUCUCCUCCGUCUCGUCUCCUGCAGUUUCUUCUGGAAAAUCCGGGAGUCUCUCCUUCGCUCUCCGUGCUACCAAGGGUUCAAGCACCUUGAGCGGCGUUGUGUUCGAGCCUUUCGAAGAGGUAAAGAAGGAGCUAGAUCUUGUUCCAUCUGGUCAGCACCUUUCUCUUGCUCGUCAUUUGUACUCUUCUGAGUGCGAAGCCGCUGUUAACGAGCAGAUCAAUGUGGAGUAUAACGUAUCGUACGUUUACCACGCUCUGUAUGCGUAUUUUGAUCGUGAUAAUGUUGCCCUCAAGGGUUUGGCCAAAUUUUUCAAGGAUUCGAGUGUGGAAGAGCGGGAGCACGCUGAGCUGUUGAUGGAGUAUCAGAACAAGCGUGGUGGGAGGGUCAAGUUACAGCCCAUGGUUCUGCCUCAGUCUGAGUUUGAUCACCCUGAGAAAGGAGAUGCUCUCUAUGCCAUGGAGCUUGCUCUCUCAUUGGAGAAGCUAGUCAAUGAGAAGCUCCUAAACCUGCACAGUGUGGCUUCGAAGAACGAUGAUGUCCAGUUGGCAGAUUUUAUUGAGAGUGUGUUUCUGAACGAACAGGUGGAAGCGAUUAAGAAAAUCUCAGAAUAUGUUUCUCAACUUAGGAGACUCGGCAAAGGACAUGGAACAUGGCAUUUCGAUCAGGAGCUUCUUGGUGCUGCUUGAUCGCAUUUUUUAGCUGUACUCCUCGCAGUUUGGUUAACUUUCGAGUUAUUUUGAGUAUGAUGAGAUGUAACUUGUGAGGUAGAAGACUUGAUUUAGUAUCUGUUCUUUUGUGAGAGAGAAACAAGAUAUUAUGUUUCUUGAGUUAACUUCUUUUUAAGAUUUUCAGUAUUAUGGUUUUGACCAUUUCGUAAUAUCAGUUUCCUUGAGACCAUUUCAAAUCAGCCGUUGUUUUGAGGUGUAAUGUAAUGGGCAUUGCUACUCUAUUA